AUGAGAGAAGUUAUUAGCAUUCACGUUGGUCAGGCUGGUAUUCAAAUUGGAAACGCUUGUUGGGAGCUGUUCUGCUUGGAGCAUGGAAUUCAGCCGGAUGGCCAGAUGCCCAGCGACCAGGUCGUGGCCGGGGGAGACGACGCCUUCAACACCUUCUUCUCGGAGACGGGCGCGGGCAAGCACGUGCCUCGCUGCGUGUUCGUGGACUUGGAACCCACGGUGGUGGACGAAGUGCGAACGGGGACCUACCGCCAGCUGUUUCACCCAGAGCAGCUAAUCUCCGGCAAGGAAGACGCAGCAAACAACUUCGCCAGGGGGCACUACACAAUUGGGAAGGAAAUCGUAGACGUCUGUUUAGAUCGAGUGAGAAAGUUGGCGGACAAUUGCACAGGGCUUCAAGGCUUUCUCAUGUUCAAUGCCGUGGGUGGAGGAACAGGAAGUGGUCUGGGAUGUCUUUUGUUAGAAAGGCUAGCCAUAGAUUACGGGAAGAAAUCGAAGUUGAAUUUUUGCUCCUGGCCUUCCCCUCAAGUCUCCACAGCUGUGGUGGAACCAUAUAACUCGGUUCUGUCUACCCACUCUCUUCUAGAACACACAGAUGUAGCGAUUAUGUUAGAUAAUGAAGCUAUCUACGACAUAUGUAAAAAGAAUUUAGAUAUUGAAAGGCCGACCUAUACAAACCUAAACAGAUUAAUAGCUCAGGUCAUUUCCUCGUUGACGGCUUCUCUCCGUUUUGAUGGUGCCUUAAAUGUAGACGUUACUGAAUUUCAAACGAACUUAGUGCCCUACCCACGUAUCCAUUUCAUGCUGUCGUCUUACGCCCCCAUCAUUAGCGCUGAGAAGGCAUAUCACGAGCAGCUGUCCGUUUCGGAAAUUACAAACUCUGCAUUUGAGCCUGCUUCUAUGAUGGCCAAGUGUGACCCUCGUCAUGGCAAAUACAUGGCUUGCUGCCUAAUGUACAGGGGUGAUGUCGUGCCGAAGGAUGUCAAUGCUGCUGUUGCGACUAUUAAGACUAAGAGGUCCAUUCAGUUUGUUGACUGGUGCCCAACUGGAUUCAAAUGUGGUAUUAACUACCAACCACCGACGGUUGUCCCUGGGGGAGAUUUGGCCAAAGUGAUGAGAGCCGUCUGCAUGAUAAGUAACUCCACUGCAAUUGCUGAAGUGUUUUCUCGAAUGGACCAGAAAUUUGACCUCAUGUAUGCUAAGAGGGCGUUCGUACACUGGUACGUUGGAGAAGGUAUGGAGGAGGGGGAGUUCAGUGAAGCCAGGGAGGACUUGGCCGCUUUGGAAAAGGACUACGAAGAGGUCGGCAUCGAGACCAACGAGGGAGAAGGCGAAGACGAGGGCUACGAAUGA